AUGGCACUCUCGAGGCUGGAAAAGUGUCUAUCGCAUCAUGCUCGUACACUUUUGCCACAUGUGCUCUCCAAGGAAUCCUCUUAUAGGCUCGCGUAUGUCUUUUCGCUCAUUUGUGCCAUGAGCUCGGGGUUCAUUACACUCAUCGCUCUCUAUUCGAAACCGUGGAAUUUACAACUCGGUUAUACUGCUUGGCAAGUUAACACCAUUGUGUCAUUUGCCAACUUGGGUACUUAUUUGACUCCACCAGUGUUGGGAUGGCUCGCUGAUACCCAUGGUCCUAUAACGCUUAGUGCUCUGGCGAUUAUCGGCUUUAUCCCGAGUUAUGCUUACGUUGGUUACUCUUUCAACCAUCCCGAAUUAGCAUCUUUUAGGAUGACAGUUGUUGCCUUCGUUGUGAUCGGUGUUUCAACUAGUGCUCUGUACUUUAGUGCAUUGCUCACAUGCGCUAAGUUGUGCCCCACGCGUAAGAUCCUAUCAAUCAGUCUACCCACUACAUGCUACGGGAUUUCCUCUUUGCUUGGGUCUCAGCUGCUAAGAGCAGGCUGCUUUUGGUCCGAAGGAUAUCUCGAUUUGGGUUCUGUCUUUACAACUUUUGCCUGGCUAUAUGCUGCUGUUGGAUUGCUGGCCUGGAUCGCUACCAGUACAGUCUCUAUGCUUCAUCAUCAUAAUUCACAAAUUGACGAGCAACAGCCCUUGCUUCCCGUACCAGCAGACGAACGGUCCAGGCAAAAGAAUUUCUUUCAAGAUGCCAUCGCCUACGUGCUAGCAGUGUCGAUGCUAUUGGCAUUAGGGCCCCUGGAAAUGUUUGUCGCAAAUAUGGGUUCACUCUCAAACUUAAUCUCAAAUGAUUCCGCACAACUGUCUAACCAGAUGCUAUCCAUCUACGCCCUCAGCUCAACAGCAGCCAGAAUUUUAACGGGCUUACUCACAGAUGUGCUCUCCGCUAAAAAGAUCUCUGCCAAGUGGAUCCUCAUCGCACACUUACUACUAUGUCUACUCUCACAACUGGGCGUUCUACAAUUGACCCAAUCAACCUCCCUCCCUCCCCAUUGGAAGAUCCUCUCGAUGGGCGGACUCAUCGGGUUCGUCUACGGUGGACUGUACACGAUAUACCCAACAAUAGUGCUUAUAGUAUGGGGGGACAAGCUUUUCGGAACCGCAUACGGCAGUAUGAUGAUCGCGCCCGCCAUUGGAUCAGCAUUAUCCUGCAUGAGCUACGCUAAAGUGUUCGACUCUAAUUGCGUCGACGAAAACAACAAUUGCAUCUCACCAGUAUUCAAGAUCACUACAGUAGAGUUAGCGUGCUGCCUAGUGGUUACAAUGGUUGCACUGAGGGCCUGGAAACGCAGAGCAGUGCCCAUCUAA